AUGGAGCUUCUGCCCGCAGCUCCGCCUGCACGAGGGACAAGCAAAGGCGGGUCGGCGGCGCCGCGGGCUACGACCCCGACCCCGUUUCGGCCGCGACCCUUCUCCCUCCCCGGCCGCCUGCAGGCUGUCCGGCCCUGCCUCCCCGCCUGCCGGGUCCCAGAGCCAGCUCGGUACCUGAGGGGGGCGGCCCCUCUCUUUGUUGAGCGCCGCGCCCGGGACCUACUUCCUCGCCGGCGCCUGCGUCCUUCUUGCCGGCGCCUGCGUCCUGCUUCCCAGCGCCCGCCCGCCGCUCCAAGCCUUAUGCCACCGCCUCCCGCUGCAUCGCACGUCCUCUCGCAGGCGGCGGAGGCGCGUACGGUCUCCGCCGCCGCCGCCGCGACCGCUGCCGUACCACGUUCCCCACCCGGGGCUGCGUCACCGGGAGACACGUUCCCGGCCAGCGUGGGUCGGCGCCCAGCGGCCCGCCCGAGCGCGUCACCCGCAGAACUAGAGUGCCGCCCUGAGGCCUGA